UUGAAAUCAAAUACAGUCCAUCAUCAGCCACGCUCUAUCUUCCCCAAGAAUUUUCGACUGUUAUCUACUCUUUACAAGAUUCUAGCAUCUGUCUAUUCAUUUAAUCAAAGGCGAGGCCUUACCCUAAUUUUCAUUAAGUAUGUCGAGUCUAUUGAAAAGCUGUUCAAACACCGAGUAGAAAUGGCGUUACUAGAACAGCUAAACUUUAUCUGCAAUGGGUCGAUUGUAUUUACGCCAAUAAGGAUUCUUGACGAAGGUAUUAAGAAGAACACCUUUAAGAUUGAUGUGAAGGAGGGAUUUGACAUUGAUAUUGCACUGUUCAACUACUACUGUGAGCUGUACUAUACAUGGCUGGAAGAGAACAAUAUUCAAGGAAGGAUAUGCAGAUUUCACCCUGACUUUAUCAAAGAAGAGUGGAGGAUUCCACCGAAGCCUUUCCUAUUGGAAGUGAAAGUUCCACAGAUAGAGGAUGAUAUCAAACAGCUAGCCAGGGACAAGGCCAGUACAAUUAUUGAAAGAAUCAAAGAAAGAGAAAGACAGAGAAAAGAGCAGUUUGUGCAUGAAUGCACAGUGAAAAUUGACUAUGAAGCCAGG